AUGGAGUCGUCUCCUCCAAGGAGCACCUCGGUUGCUCCUCUGACAGGCGUGAAGCGUCCGGCGUCCCUACUGCCUGCUUUUGAGCCAUUGAGCUCGUCUCCGUCUCUUCCUCGACCGCAGAAGCGUGUAGCACGCGACGAUGACCGUGCUAUCUCAACCUAUCCCACUCCCGUCCCGACCUCGUCCACCCACAUCAUGUCGUCUUCGCCCCCAAGGAUGGCACUGCCUCAUAGCUCGUCACGCCAUAACCUGAGCUCUACAUUCUCCGAACGGACCCCCCUCUCUGCGGUUCCUACCUUAAUGCUACCUGAAACCGGUGAAACGAUCAAGAUGGGACGAUCCAGUUUGUCAUGCCAGUAUCAGCUCGCCGCCAACAGAAUGAUCUCCAGGGUGCACGUCGAAGCGACAUACAAACCCGCCCCCAACCCGUUCGACCGAGAUAGGGUGGAGAUAUUGUGCUUGGGGUGGAAUGGAAUCAAGGUUCACUGCCAGGGAAAGAAAUAUGAACUGGCCAAGGGCAAGACGUUCACGUCGGAUAUCAAGGACGAAGAUAUUAUGAUUGACGUCUCUGAGUGCCGCGUCUUGGUUCAAUGGCCGCGCGGUGACAGGAAGGAAGAUGCGUCUACUGACUCGGAGCAGACCUGGGAGGAGGUCACGCCAACACGAAGAAAGCAAGCUCACCGUAGUCUGCAAGAUAGCCCAGGUGCUGAACGCCAACGCCUCGCGUCCCCGGUCUCCCCAUCCCCGGCCGUCAAGUCUUUGAUCCCUCCGUCGUCGCCUCUGUUCACUCCGACUCGCUCCAGAAACGCGGUCGUUGUGUAUGAAGAUGAAGGCUCUCCCGUCCGCCGCGUUAACUCUAACGACGCAUUGAAGUCAUCGUCCAGUGCAGCAUCUCUUUUGCAGAGCUCGCAGUCCAGUGAUCUGAGUGACCUGAGCAAGCCUGAAGAUCUGUCUGACCAUGACGAGGAGAAUGACCCGAUCAUUCAUUCCUUCGGACCUUUCGGCGAUAAUCUGCUUCCUCGUCUGGCCUCGUUUUCUGCCGACGAGUCCCCCCUUCGGCCCACACGUCCUCGUGCUCACCUCCAGCCCACAUCUCCAAGACAGCCUUCAAAGCCUGUGGAACCGACCGAAGAGGACAAGAAACCGGCAGUCUUGGACGAGGAUUCUGAGCAUGUUCAGAACCACGCCGUCAAUCAGCUUGCUUUCUCACGUCUGUCAUCCACCCCGUUCUCCACCAUCCUCGACAACCUUCCCUCUUCUUUAUGGAAGGCCGACAUCCGCUCACACCACGGGCCUUCAAGAGAUGAGAUCCGGGCAAUCCUGGACUCCACCAAGUGUAUUGGAAAGGUUGCGCGCGAAGGCAAGGAUGCCGCAGGAAAGCCCCUCGAGGCCGAGUACUACUACAUCCCUGACUUUGAUGACGAUCAGAUGCGCCGUGAAGCUGUCGUCACAGAUCUGCGGAAGCCUGGCCUCCGCAACUGCCGAAAGCAACAUAAGCAAUAUUUCUGGCGCAAACCGAAAUGA